UUGAUCAUCAGAAAGAGAUGACAUUGACAGAUUCAACAUUCUCCGAUCCUUCCCUAUCAAUAAUUCAUCGUUGCACGAUUCUAUUUUCAUCUGGGUCUUCAUGAUUUCCUCCAAAUAAGUACUAUCUAAUCCAAUUUCGUACAAGUUUCGAUCAAUAUAUCGCUUUGUAAAUUGUACGGCAAUGUGAAGAAACACAGAAUUUAAAGGAAAGAAGAGAAUCAUUGCACAAUGAGCAAAGAAAGCGGUGUUCUAAAGGCAUGGGAGGCCACGCUGCGCAAGACACAGGCUGCAAAAAAACGCGCCAACAGCUUCUUCAGCACGACGUCGAUAGCUCAUGCAGAAGAUGAAGACGACAGCGACAGUGAUGAAAACGACAACAAUGGGAGUCCCGGCACCGGCGAAAUAUACCAAUCAGAGAGGGUUCUCCCCAACGGUGACUACUAUACAGGCCAAUGGUCCGACAACUUUCCUCACGGACAGGGAAAGUACCUUUGGACGGACGGGUGCAUGUACGUGGGAGAGUGGUUUAGAGCCAAAAACAUGGGGAAAGGAAGGUUUAGUUGGCCUUCCGGGGCCACAUACGAGGGCGAGUUCAAGAGCGGAUAUAUGGAUGGGAUCGGCACGUAUACAGGCUCUAACGGGGAUACGUACAAGGGACAAUGGAUCAUGAAUUUGAAGCAUGGCCAUGGCGUGAAGAGCUAUGCCAAUGGAGAUUGGUACGAAGGAGAAUGGAGGAGAGGAUUACAAGAAGGAACAGGGAGAUAUCAAUGGAAGAAUGGGCAGCAUUACAUUGGAGAAUGGAAGAACGGAGAGAUUCGUGGAAAGGGUACCUUUUUUUGGACAAAUGGGAACAGGUAUGAUGGGCAUUGGGAAGAUGGUCUGCCUAAAGGGAAUGGAACUUUCAAUUGGCCAGAUGGGGGUUUUUACGUGGGGAACUGGAGCAAGGAUCCGAGUGAGCAAAAUGGGACGUAUUAUCCACCAGGAUCAUCCCCAGAAGCUAAUCUUGAAUGGGAUCCUCAAGAUGUGUACAAUGUUGAUUUGAGUGACUGCAAGAUUUGUCCAGGAGAGAAGGUUUCGAUUCUACCAUCGCAAAAGAAGCUUGCAUUGUGGAGAUCAUCCAAGUCCGGGGAAGGUGCUAAGCCUAGGAGAAUGUCAGUUGAUAAUGAUAGGGUAAGCGUUGGCGUGGAGAGGCCAUUGGACAGAACUCAAGCGUGGGAAAGUGAUGAAUCCAGUGAUAAUAAUAUUCCUCGACGUAGGAAUUCAUUGGCGAGCAGAGAUUUUGAGGAUGAUUUGGUGGGUCUGCAUAUCGAUGAUGCAAAUCCAAGGGGGAGUGCCUCUAGUGGUUUACCAAUGAAAGUACCUCGGAGAGCAAAGAGACAGGGAGAGACAAUAUGCAAGGGGCACAAGAACUAUGACCUGAUGCUAAAUUUGCAGUUGGGAAUCAGGCAUUCUGUUGGAAGACCUGCUCCAACUCAUGCAUCCCUUGAUUUGAAGGCCUCAGCUUUCGACCCCAAGGAAAAAGUAUGGACGAGAUUUCCUCCAGAAGGAUCCAAGUACACUCCACCACAUCAGUCCUGUGAAUUUAAAUGGAAGGACUACUGCCCAUUAGUGUUCAGGACCUUAAGGAAGUUGUUCAAGGUAGAUCCAGCUGAUUACAUGAUAUCGAUCUGCGGCAAUGAUGCUCUUAGGGAACUCUCCUCUCCUGGUAAAAGUGGAAGUUUCUUUUACUUGACCAACGAUGAUCGCUACAUGAUAAAGACUAUAAAAAAGGCAGAAGUAAAAGUUCUUAUAAGGAUGCUUUCAGCCUAUUAUAACCAUGUUCGAGCCUUUGAAAACACUCUUGUGACCAAAUUCUAUGGACUGCACUGUGUAAAGUUAACUGGGCCUACCCAGAAGAAGGUACGGUUCAUCAUAAUGGGAAAUCUCAUGUGUACUGAAUAUAGCAUCCAUAGACGCUUUGACUUGAAGGGAUCUUCCCUUGGCCGCACAUCAGAUAAGUCUGAGACAGAGAUUGAUGAAACCACUAUCCUUAAAGACCUUGAUCUAAACUUUAUAUUCCGACUGCAGAAGUCAUGGUUUCAAGAGUUUUGCAGGCAAAUUGAUAGGGACUGUGAGUUUCUCGAGCAGGAGAGAAUUAUGGACUAUAGUCUUUUGGUGGGUAUUCACUUCAGAGAAACAUCAGCUGCAGGUGACCUGAUUCCUUCCGGAGCCCCCACUCCCUCUGGAGCGCGGACUCCUACAGGUCUCUGGACACCUAAUUCCGGAGCCCGGACACCUUCCGGAGCACGUACUCCUACAGGAGUACGGACACCUACAGGAGCACGGACACCUACAGGUGAUUCUCUGAGUGAAGGACUUCCUCGUCUUUCAAGAGCAGACACGGAUCAGCUUUUUCUAGACCCAUCCAGGUGGGCCAGUAUUAAACUUGGUUUGAACAUGCCUGCAAGGGUGGAAAAAACUGUGAGACGAACUGAUCAUUAUGAAUUCCAGAUCAGUGGAGAACCAACGGGGGAGUAUUAUGAGGUUAUUAUGUUUUUCGGAAUAAUUGACAUUCUUCAAGACUACGACAUCAGCAAGAAGAUUGAACAUGCAUACAAGUCCAUCCAAUACGACCCUACCUCUAUAUCUGCUGUUGAUCCAAGGCAAUAUUCAAGGCGCUUUCGAGAAUUCAUAUUUAACAUCUUUGCAGAAGACAGUUGAAAGAAAUCAAGUAGUUAGUGCUUGCAUUUUGGGCCAUCAUACAUAUAUAUAAUAUACCCCAAGAUCGAAGUCUGCGUUUCACAUCACUAAUCUUCGAGUAUCUUGGGUUCGGACGUUGCAGCCGCGUCUUCUCCCAGCUGUAUGACGGUGGCCAUGCAUGCAUAUACUUUCACCUUGUACGUGUAUGGCCAUCUGUGGCUUUCAGGGCUUAGUUCCACGCCUUCUACAUAGUUUUGUUUGCUUCUUUUGUACGUCCAUUUUUUAUAUUCUUUCCUCCGCUUUAUAUACAUGAUCGAUAUAUAUAUAUAUAUAUAAUAUGAUUUGGGAAAUUAUAGAAAUGCUAUAAGCAGGAGCACUUGAAGU